AUGAGAGGCGAAUGUUUUCUUAACUAGUGUUAGCCAAAUAACGCUACGGUAAGCUUAGUGAUAGCGAACGCCGACAUUAGCUUGGCAAUGGUAGUUAGCUUCAUGCUCUUCAACGAUUGUACUUUUACGUAACAUAUGUAUUAAUUUGAGUGAAUAAUUGUUAAUAAUUACUUAGCAGAAUACUAUAGGUCUGUUUCGAUUGCAUACUAUUGAGGCAUUGUUGAGGAGGAUGCCUCUUCCUGUGUUUAUUAGCUCUGGUAUCAGGUACCCAUCAGGGCUAAAGUUAGCUACAAAAUGCUCUUGAAAACCUAACGCUUACUUAAUAUGCGUUUACUCCUAUUUUAAAUAUAGUAAAUGUACUACAGGAAGGAUGAAAACGCAAUUUUACGUUUUGUUUUGCAUUUUAGACAAGGCCAUAGUAGCAGAUGACUAUCUGUGAGGGUUUCUGCAUACUUAAAUGGGAGCUUUUAGUGUGGUGGUUAUAUACCUGAAUCAGAAGUUGUAAACAUAUGUAUUAGUAAUCUAUGUAUGCUCAGACAGUAUCGAAUUGAAGGUUCCCAUGCAACCUAGAAUAUUUAUUCUUGGAGUCUUGAAACUGGUCCUUAAACCCACUAGUGCCUCAAGUGUCCUCUCUACAAACCAAUUACCAAACGUGGGCAGCAUUUGAUCAACAUUCAUUUUACCCCAUCACUUCUACUGGGAAAAGCAUAGAGGAUACAACUGGAAAGCCUCCCCAAGGUUGAAACCUAAGGAGCAAGAUGUCAAUCACGAAUACUCCCACAAGUAAUGAUGCCUGCCUGAGCAUCGUGCAUAGCCUGAUGUGCCACCGACAAGGAGGAGAGAGUGAGAGCUUUGCUAAACGAGCCAUUGAGAGUCUUGUCAAGAAGCUCAAGGAGAAAAAAGAUGAGCUGGAUUCCCUUAUCACAGCCAUCACCACAAAUGGAGCGCAUCCUAGCAAGUGUGUAACCAUACAGCGGACUUUGGAUGGACGCCUACAGGUUGCAGGGCGUAAAGGUUUUCCCCAUGUCGUCUAUGCCAGACUAUGGCGAUGGCCUGAUCUACACAAGAAUGAAUUGAAACACGUGAAAUAUUGCCAAUACGCCUUUGACCUGAAAUGUGACAAUGUUUGUGUCAACCCAUACCACUACGAGAGGGUUGUCUCCCCAGGGAUUGACCUAUCAGGACUGACCCUUUCAAGUUCAGGUCCACUCUUGGUAAAGGAUGAAUAUGACUAUGACAACCAGCAAUCUCACUCCAGCUCUGAAAGCCAUCUGCAGACUAUCCAGCAUCCGCCGUCAAGGCCCGGUCCACAAGAGACCUUCAGCAGCCCCGCUCUACUUCCCCCAUCAGAGGGCAGCAGUUCAGCUUCAACCUCUGCUUUCUCUACAAUCAGUGCUGGACCCUCAAAUCCUCCCUCUAACUGGAGCAGGAGCAGCAGCUUCACCCCCGCCGUGCCUCAACACCAGAAUGGGCAUCUACAGCAUCAUCCACCCAUGCCUCACACAGGGCAUUACUGGCCUGUUACCAAUGAAAUUGCGUUCCAGCCCCCCAUAUCCAAUCACCCUGCUCCAGAGUACUGGUGCUCCAUUGCUUACUUUGAGAUGGAUGUCCAGGUUGGGGAGACGUUUAAGGUGCCCUCCACAUGUCCGAUAGUGACUGUGGAUGGCUACGUUGAUCCAUCAGGAGGGGAUCGCUUCUGCUUGGGCCAACUGAGCAAUGUUCACAGGACAGAGAACAUAGAAAGAGCCAGACUCCACAUUGGUAAAGGUGUGCAGCUGGAGUGCAAAGGUGAAGGAGACGUGUGGGUGCGCUGUUUGAGCGAUCAUGCAGUGUUUGUGCAGAGUUAUUACCUGGAUCGAGAGGCUGGACGCGCUCCUGGAGAUGCAGUUCACAAAAUCUAUCCCAGCGCUUACAUCAAGGUGUUUGACUUGCGUCAGUGCCACAGGCAGAUGCAGCAGCAGGCGGCGACAGCUCAGGCAGCAGCUGCGGCUCAGGCGGCAGCAGUGGCCGGAAACAUUCCUGGACCCGGCUCUGUGGGAGGCAUCGCCCCUGCCAUCAGUUUGUCUGCUGCUGCAGGCAUUGGGGUUGAUGACCUGCGCAGGCUGUGCAUCCUGCGAAUGAGCUUCGUGAAAGGCUGGGGACCCGACUACCCACGGCAAAGCAUUAAAGAGACACCCUGCUGGAUUGAAAUCCAUUUACACCGAGCUCUGCAGCUGCUGGAUGAAGUUCUGCACACCAUGCCCAUAGCUGAUCCUCAACCUCUUGACUGAGUUGAAAGACAUUAACUGUACAAAACAAAACAAAAACAAAAUGAACAGACAAAAAAAAAAAAAAAAAAAAAAAAUCAGACUGUACUUUUAACGGACCACUCCACCUAUAGGCCUGGAGUGCCGAAGGAGGACUGCAACUACAGGGAUGAUGAGUAGGUUGUAGGAGUGGGAGCAAGGACACAAAGGCUGGCAGUAUACUCCAAAGUCAAGGCUAUCAAAUCCAGGCACAGCGAGCAGUUGUCAGUGUGCUGAAUGAGAUUCCAGGUCUGUAAGUUCAGUGACUUCCAAACAACAGCUGGAGGAACAUGUGAGUCACUGGGAGGAGUUGUAGCACAGUGGAAACAUGCAGCCAAGAGGAUGCGCAUAUUAAAGGAAGCCAGUAUUCGGACAUUAUUCACCAAAUGCAACAGGGUGAAGUGAACAAGGCUGCAUGAUACAAAAAUAAUCUCACACUGAUAGGAGGUAAAGAAUAUGUCCACACUGAGAUUAAAAGGUGCCAAAAGCUUAUCAAUCACUAAAGAAGCCUCAGUGCUGAACGAAACCAAUGCAGAGAGAGUUUAGGGUGUCAAACAGGAAAUAAUUCAUACGCUACCUUUGUGUUUUCUUUUUCAGUGUGGAUAUUUCUGUAUUUAAGAUUUUAAGAUGUUUGGAGCCCCCUGUAUGUAACUAAGUCACAAAAUUCCUCUUUGAUCUAUUAAGCAAGAGAACCAACUAUUUGGCUUAAGAACAGUUCAGCCGACUGAACACAAUCUGGCGCCUUGUGUUGGAUGCAAACCUGUUAUUUACCCUGUCUGAACAUAUUAAAUGUGGUUUCAGUCGGAGUAUACUGCUGAUCCAGUCCUCCUUCAGUGGCUCCCUGGCGCUGAUACGGCUUCAUGUAAGUGGAGUCCCCACCCCACCCCACCCGCCCUCCACCCUCACACACAGAUCAGGACAUUUAUGUGAAAUCAUGUUAUUCAUUACUCAUUUUCUUGUAAGACGUAAUCUUAAAUAUUUUUCAGAGCUGACAGUCCUUGUUGAUGUUUUUUGAUUCAUAUUCCCCUUUUGAAUAGUUUUUAAUGACGUAAAGAGCAUUUAAACAAGCCCAUUUUAGCUGAGCUCAGCUUCUCUUUAUAAAACGGUUCCAUUAUUCUACCACCAGUCAAGGCUGUAAGGACACUGAAGAGUGAUGUUUUCUACUGACGUUUUUCAAACCCCAAAUGUAAUUGAAAUUAUGAAAUAUUUUCAAAAGAAAAUGUUAUUAUAACACAUCUGCAUAAUAUUAUUUGUAACAGUCAUUUUUUUUAAUUAGAUGCCCUCAAUAGCGUCCAUUAGCACUUUAUUAAUUUGCUUAAGUAUUUUGUCUUGUUUCAUAGUCUCCUGUGUGGUUACUUGUUGUAUCCAUAUAAUAUCUUAGUCUAGUUGAAAAGUUUUUCUUGCUAAUAACCUUGGUAAGACCCAUGAAAAGUGUAGUUCAAAGUGCUCUCUGCCCAAAAAUAUGUUUUCAGCAUCAAAUACUCCACAGCAGGUUUGAAAGGUGUAUUUAACUUUAAUCUAGGGCAUAUUGAGUUGUGGUGUAAGAGUAGUGUAUGAAAUAUGAAACCAUGUCAAUGUAAGAUGAAGCUACACACCUCUCAAACCUACAGGCGGUGAAUCUUUGAUACUCAAAAGAUACAUUUUUGUGGCGCACCACUUAAAGUUAGCUCACCUCCACCCGUUUUAAUUUGAGUUUUACUCGGAUGACACCUAAUGUAGACAACAGCUGAGGAAAAGGAAGCGAGGCUUGAACUGUGAGAGGAAGCGUAAGCCAUAUUGAUGCCAAAAAUACCCUCUGAGAAGUGGAAAGGUUAUCAAGACUGCAGUCAUUUCAGUGUUAAUGUUGCUUGUAAAAGCUUGGUUUUAAUCAUCAACUGAACUGAUUUUAGUUUUUGCUCAGCACUAUUCAAACAAUAUUUUGGUAUUUGGAGCUCUGUUUACCUACAGCUGUUGCAGUAUUUUAUACUCUUUUUGCUACCUUUACAGUGAUGAACCACUCUGGUUAAAAUUGAAAAUGAGAAAAAAAAAAAGAAAAGGAGGAGGAAUGCUGUACAAUUUUCAGGAAAUGCAAGUCUGUUCUCAUCGUAAUCUUUACAAUUAUGUCAUACAUCCUGAAAACAUAAUUGAGUUUGAAUGAUAUUGGUGUUUAUAUGUAUGAAUAUGGUUGAAUAAAAUGUAAUGGGCUAACACUA